AUGUCUGGAAAUAAUUCCCAGGCCGUGGCAGACCGAAUAAAGGCGCAGGCCCUAUCAAAUGCUAAGGGAUUGAGCAGGGCUCAAGCUGAACGUGCAGCGGAAGCUGCUGCCCGCAAUGUCAAUGCCUAUGGGCAGAAGGAAGAGGGGCCAAGCCACUGGCAAGAGAGGAAGGAGGCCAAGAGGAAGAUGUAUCUGAUGAGCACGGAGCAGCCUGUGAGGCUAGGUGUGAGGCGAAAUGCCGUACCAACUUCUUCCGCUGGUGGCCAAUGUCAGAAGUGCUUCCAGCCCGGGCACUGGACGUAUGAGUGCAAGAACGAACGGGUCUACAUCUCGCGGCCCUCGAGGACGGAGCAGCUUAAGAACCCCAGGCUGAAGAAGAAAGUGUCGCUGCCGGCUCGCUCUCGGUUCGUGAACCCUGAUCUUGAGAAGGAGAUGGAGGAGGAAAGGAAGCUGACGGGAGAAAAACAGAAGGAGAAGUCUGAGAGAAGGGAGGUAAAGAGUAAGAGAAAACAUCGUGCUUCGGUGUCAGACACUGACUCUGACUCCAAAUCAUCAUCGAGUGGGUCUGAGUAUUCUUCUGAAAGCGGUAGUUCAAGCUACAGUCCAUUGGACUCGGAGGAUAGGAAGCAUCGAUGCAACGCGAAGCAGAAGAAAAGAAGGCACCGAAGGGACAGCACGUCUUCAUCAUCCUCCUCGUUAUCCAAAUCUGAGUCUGAACCUGAUUCUGACAAUAAUGGCAGCAACAAAAGGAAGAGCAAGAAGCGUGGUUACACGCGCCGAGCUUGA